AUGGCAGAGAAUACUUCCUACACUGCGAGUUACAAUGCUCCCUCCUACUCCUAUGGUGGUGGUGGUGGUGGUGGUGCGUAUGGAGCCGCCCCUUCCAAUGGAUCAUCAACAUCAUCAUCAUCAGCACCACCAGCAGCAGAUGGAGGUUUGAGGCGUCGGAGCGCUGUCACUCCACAAUACGGCAGUGGUGGAGGGUAUGACGACGAAACCAAGAAAAGUCGAAAACCCCGACGAGCUGUAGUGGAAAAGUUGGAUUUCAUGUUCCCCAAAGUCGACCGGGAAUUCACCGUCAAGACCAAAGGCGGUGGUGUCGCAUCACUAGUCGCCACCGGAUUGGUGGCAAUAUUAAUCAUUGCAGAAGUUAUCACAUGGAUGGCUCAAAAUGGAGCGGAAGUAUCGCGAACCUAUGUCGACAAUAGUUUGGGAAAGAAGAUGCGGGUCGACCUGAACAUUACGUUCCCAGGACUAGCCUGUGAUGACCUGCACCUAAAUGUUAUUGACAUAGCUGGUGAUCACCAACUUGACAUUCACGACACGUUGAAAAAGAAAAAGCUCCACAAGCAUGGGGGUCCCAUGACCCGUCAAGAAUUGGAAGUGGAAACCAACCUGCACCGAAAACAACAAGCGGAAAAGGAUCGUAUCUUGAAAGAAAAGUUGCCUGCUGAUUAUUGUGGACCUUGCUAUGGAGCCGCACAAAAUGAAGGCGACUGCUGUCAAUCGUGCGAUGACGUGAUUGAAGCCUACACCAAGAUGAAAUGGAAGACCGACAUGCUCAAGUUCACCUCGGAACAGUGCAUUCGCGAAGGCCGAGAUCAUCAAGAAGUCAAAAAGUUGAUCCGAAAUCAAGGUUGUCAUUUGUCUGGAUAUAUGAUGCUCAAUCGAGUGGCAGGUAACUUUCACAUUGCCAUGGGAGAAGGCAUUGAACGAGACGGCCGACACAUUCAAACCUUUAACCCUGAGGACGCCCCCAACUUUAAUGCUUCUCACAUUAUUCAUGAAUUGAGCUUUGGACCAGCCGACGGGAGCGAACCUCUCACUGGCACCACAAAGAUUGUGACAGAGAGUGUUGGAACCACUGGAUUGUUCCAAUACUUUAUCAAGAUUGUUCCUACCAGCUAUGUCGGUGACGCCUUUCCUGGCAAUCCCGACCUGGUAGAAAUCAGUGACGAUGGAGAGGCGCGACUGGAAACCAAUCGAUAUUUCAUUACCGAGCGUUUCAAUCCACUCAUGUCAGAAGGUUACGAAGAACACACCACUAGAGUGGAAGGGGACGCGAAACGUCAUGCAGUCGAGAUGAACCAUGGCAAGGGACACGAUCACGCGGAUCAUCACCAGAUACGAAACAGUGUCUUGCCAGGGAUCUUUUUCAUUUAUGAAAUUUAUCCCUUUGCUGUGGAAAUAUCCAAGAAUUACGUUCCAUUUACUCACUUAUUGAUUCGCAUCAUGGCGACAGUUGGUGGAGUCUUUACUUUGGCUCGAUGGGCAGAUUCGAUAAUAUACGACCGUCGCAGAUGA